CACGCUCACGCCUCAACCUUGAAUCUUAUACCCUUUAUAACGUUAACAAGUGCAAUGUGAAAUUAGUACACACUUGACAGCUGAGCCAACUCUCUUGGCUGGACUUCGGCCUCACCAGCCAUGCAUGUGUGUGAUGCAGCGUUGGCUCUGGCCAUGCUGGUGUUCAUCGCUGCAGCCAGAUGUACCAGUGGUGGCCAACAUUUUCAAGGCCAUGCUGAAACGAUAACAUCUGGGGACUCUCUACGCUACAGACGAGGUACUGUGCUUAGUGAUUAUGUGCACAACAGAGCAGAAAAUAUGCCUAGUGAUGAGAAGGAAAGAGACAAUAGGCCUGAUGAUUAUUUGCUAAACAAACGACAUGCUGCGAAAAAUUAUUACCCUCUCUACAAAGGAAGAACUUCGCCUAGGAGUUCUCAUCGCCACAAAGAAGGCAUUAAGCAUGAAAAACACAGGGAAAUUACUCCUGGAUCUAGAACAGGUAGGGACUUUGCAUCAGGUACUGAUGUUGGUACAACCACAGAAAUUAAAUUUGUUCCUCUCCGUGCAACAGCAAGUAGCAAAGGUGCUGAAAAUAAAUAUGACGUUCCUGACAUAAUCAAACAAUUGUAUGUCAUACCGGCUUCAGAAAUUCAUCCCGAAUAUAAAGACAUGCAAAAAUCCAUAUAUCCUGAAAUGCCUUCACAGGAUGACCUCUUGAAGAACUCGCAGCCCCAUCUCGCUAGUACAGUACCUGAAUAUACUGCGAUUGAAUCCUCGGAGCAUCCAUAUAUAUCAAAGCCAGAAAUAAUUUUGAUACCGAUGAAGAAACCAGACGAAACUCCUAAACCAACCCAAGGGAUAUAUUCGGCUCUGAAAUAUCCCAAGAGUGAGUCCCCAGGACAAUAUACUACACCAGUAUUAGAAUUAUUAGGUAUAAAACCUCCAUCAAGAGAAGUUGGGUCUCCCGGUACAGGUGUGGGAUCAGAAACUGCUGUCAGUUCAGGAAAAGAUUUCGAAACAGGAGCAAGUGUUGGGUCAGGCAACAGACUCGGAUCUCGAACUGUUCUAAGAUUAUGCCCUUGUUUUGGAUCUGGCAUAGGUGAUGGAUCAGACACUGGUUUAGGAUCUGGCAUUAGUGAUGGAUUAGGCACUGGCUUAGGAUCAGGCACUAGUGAUGGAUUAGGCACUGGCUUAGAAUCUGGCAUUAGUGAUGGACUAGGCACUGGCUUAGGAUCUGACAUUAGUGACGGAUUAGGCACUAGUUUAGGAUCUGGCAUUAGUGAUGUAUUAGGCACUGGCUUAGGAUCUGGGAUUAGUGGCGUAUUAGGCACUGGCUUACGAUCUGGCGUUAGUGACGGAUUAGGCACUGGCUUAGGAUCUGGCAUUAGUGAUGGAUUAGGCACUGGCUUAGGAUCUGGCAUUAGUGAUGGAUUAAGCACUGGCUUAGGAUCUGGUAUAGGUGAUGGAUCAGGAACUGGUGUUGGAUCAGGAAUAGGUGAUGGAACGGGCAUUGGUUUGGGAUCAGGCACUGGCAUUGGAUUAAGUGUUGGUGAUGGAUUAGGCACUAGUAUUGGAUCAGGCACUGGUUUUGGAUCAGGCACUGACGUUGGAUCAGGUAUUGGUGAUGGAUCAGGCACUGGUAUUGGAUCAGGCACUGGUUUUAGAUCAGGCACUGGCGUUGGAUCGGGUAUUGGUGAUGGAUCAGGCACUGGUAUUGGAUCAGGCACUGGUUUUGGAUCAGGCACUGGCGUUGCAUCAGGUAUUGGUGAUGGAUCAGGCACUGGUAUUGGAUCAGGCACUGGUGUUGGAUUAGGUACUGGUUUAGGAGAAGGAACUGGACUUGGAUCAGGAUUUGGUGACGGUUCAGGCAUUGGUUUUGGAUCAGGAACAGGUCUUGGAUCAGGCACUGGUGUUGGAUCAGGCACUGGUGUUGGAUCAGGCACUGGUGUUGGAUUAGGAACUGGCUUAGGAUCAGGCACUGGACUUGGAUCAGGAUUUGGUGACGGAUCAGGCACUGGUUUUGGAUCAGGAACAGGUUUUGGAUCAGGCACUGGUGUUGGAACAGGCACUGGUGUUGGAACAGGCACUGGUGUUGGCUCAGGCACUGGUGUUGGAUCAGGCACUGGUGUUGGAUCAGGCACUGGUGUUGGAUCAGGCACUGGUUUUGGAUCAGGAAUUGGUGAUGGAUCAGGCACUGGUGUUGGAUCAGGCACUGGUGUUGGAUCAGGCACUGGUUUUGGAUCAGGAAUUGGCGAUGGGUCUGGCACUGGUUUUGAAUCAGGAACCGGCAUUGGAUCAGGCACUGGUUUCGGAUCAGGUACUGGUGCUGGAGAUUGCCCAUGUACUAGGUUGGGCACUGGUUCUGGAUCAGGAUCAGGUAUUGCUUUUGGAUCAGGCACUGAAGUAGGAACUGGAUUUGGUGACGGAUCAGGCAUCGGUGUUGGAUCAGGCACUGGUGUUGGAUCAGGCACGGGCAUUGGAUCAGGCACUGGUUUUGGAUCAGGCACUGGUUUUGGAUCAGGCACUGGUUUUGGAUCAGGCACUGGUGUUGGAUCAGGCACGGGCAUUGGAUCAGGCACUGGUUUUGGAUCAGGCACUGGUUUUGGAUCAGGCACUGGUGUUGGAUCAGGCACGGGCAUUGGAUCAGGCACUGGUUUUGGAUCAGGCACUGGUGUUGGUUCAGGCACUGGUGUUGGAUCAGGCACUGGUUUUGGAUCAGGCACUGGUUUUGGAUCAGGCACUGGUGUUGGAUCAGGCACGGGCAUUGGAUCAGGCACUGGUUUUGGAUCAGGCACUGGUUUUGGAUCAGGCACUGGUGUUGGAUCAGGCACGGGCAUUGGAUCAGGCACUGGUUUUGGAUCAGGCACUGGUUUUGGAUCAGGCACUGGUGUUGGAUCAGGCACGGGCAUUGGAUCAGGCACUGGUUUUGGAUCAGGCACUGGUUUUGGAUCAGGCACUGGUGUUGGAUCAGGAACUGGUUUUGGAUCAGGAAUAGGUGAUGGGUCAGGCACUGGUUUUGGAUCAGGAAUUGGUGAUGGAUCAGGUACUGGUUUUGGAUCAGGCACUGGUGUUGGAUCAGGAAUUGGUGAUGGAUCAGGCACAGGUGUUGGAUCAGGCACUGGUUUUGGAUCAGGAAUUGGUGAUGGAUCAGGCACCGGUAUUGGAUCAGGCACUGGUAUUGGAUCAGGCACUGGUGUUGGAUUAGGCACUGGUGUUGGAUCAGGCACUGGUUUUGGAUUAGGCACUGGUGUUGGAUCAGGCACUGGUGUUGGAUCAGGCACUAGUGUUGGAUCAGGCACUGAUUUUGGAUCAGGCACUGGUACUGGAUCAGGCACUGGUGCUGGACUAGUCAUCGAUGCUGAUUUAGGAAGUAGUAUAGGGUCUGGCACUGGUUUAGUCCCAUCCGUUUGUUUAGGACCACGCCCAGGUUUUGGAUCAGACACUGGUAAUGUAUUAGGUACCGGCUUUGGAUCAGGAACUGGAGAUGGAUCAAACACUGGCGAUGUAUCAGGAACUCUUGAUGGAUCAGGCAUUGGUGAUGGAUCAGGCAUUUUGGAUGGAUCAGGCAUUGGUGAUGGAUCAGGCAUUUUGGAUGGAUCAGGCACUAGUGAAAUAUCAGGAACUAUUGAUGGAUCAGGUAUUAGUGACGGAUCAGGCAUUGGUGAUGGAUCAGUCACUGGUGAUGGAUCAGACAUUCCGGAUGGAUCAGGCACCAGUGAAGUAUCAGGAACUAUUGAUGGAUCAGGUAUUGGUGGUGGAUCAGAUAUUCUGGAUGGAUCAGUCACUGGUGACGGAUCAGGCACUGAAGGUGGAUCGAGCACAGGGAAUGUAUCACUCAUUUGGGAUGGAUCAGGCACUGGGAAUUGGUCAGGCGUUGAGAAUGUAUCUGACAUUGAAGAUGGAUCAGGCACUGGUGAUGGAUCAGACACUGGAGGUGGAUCAGAUAUUGAGGAUGGAUCAAGCACUGGGGACGGAUCAGGCACUGGUGAUGGAUUAGGUACUGUCGAUGGAUCAGUCAAUGGAGAUGGACCAAGCACUGGUGAUGGAUCAGUCACUGGAGGCGGAUCAGGUACUGGAGGUGGAUUAGACAUGAGUAAUGAAUUAAAUUUAGUUGAUGGAUCGCCUUUUAUUGAUGAACAAUUUAGAUCUGGUGUUUCAGAUUUAUUUCCAGGAGCAAACUACGGUGAUGUCACAAGCAUUGACGAUGACACUGGCACUAUUGAAAACUCAGGCGCUGGUGCUGAAUCUGGCACAGGAGAUGAAUCAGGCACUAAGAGUGAAUCAGGUACUGAUGAGGGAUUUUCCAGUGGUGCUGAAGCGGGCUCUGAUACUGGAUCAGGCACUCCUGAGGGAUCUGGUGUUCUUGAUGGAUCACGAACGGAUGGUGGAUCAGAAACUACUGAAACAUCAGGAACCAAUACUGGAUUAAGCAUUGUUGAUGUAACCGGCACUGGUACUGCAACAGAAACUGGCCAUAGAUUUGGCAGUAGUGAUGAAUUGGACACUCUAACUGGAGGAGACAUUGGUGCAGGAAUUGGCACUCCUGCUGCAAUCGAAGCUCCUGUUGGAAUUGGCACUCCUCCUGGAAUAGAAACUCCUGUUGGAAUGGUUAACCUUCCUGGAAUAGAAACUCUUGCUGGAAUAGACACUCCUGGAAUAGAAACUCCAGCUGGAAUGGGUACUCCUCCUGGAAUAGAAACUCCUGCUGGAAUAGGCACUGCUCCUGGAAUAGAAACUCCUGUUGGAAUUGGCACUCCUCCUGGAAUAGAAACUCCUCCUGGAAUGGGUACUCUUCCUGGAAUAGAAACUCCUACUGGAAUAGAAACUCCUGCUGGAAUGGACACUUCUACUGGAAUAGGAACUCCUGCUGUAGUGGAAAUUUCUUCUGGAAUGGACACUCAUGCUGGAAGCGAAGCUCCUACUGGAAUGGGCACUUCUGCUCGAAUGGAAAUUCCUGCUGGAAUAGGCACUCCUGCUGAAAUAGAAGCUCCUGAUGGAAUGGGCACUCCUGCUGGAAUGGGCACUCCUACUGGAAUAGAAAUUCCUGCUGGAAUGGGCACUCCUGCUGGAAUGGAAAUCCCUGUUGAAAUAGGCACUCCUGCUAGAAUAGGGGCUCCUGAUGGAAUAGGCACUCCUGCUGGAAUGGAAAUUCCUACUGGAAUGGGUAGUCUUGCUGGAAUAGAAACUCCUGCCGGAAUAAGUACUCUUGCUGGAACAGAAACCCGUGCUGGAAUGGGAACUCCUGUUGGAAUGGAAAUUCCUGCUGGAAUGGACACUCCUGUUGGAAUAGAAGCUUCUAAUGGAAUGGGCACUCCUGCUGAAAUAGGCACUCCUACUGGAAUGGAAAUUCCUGCUGGAAUAGGCACUUUUUUUGGAAUAGAAACUCCUGACGGAAUGGGCACUCGUACUGGAAUGGAAAUUCCUGCUGGAAUGGGCAUUCCUACUGGAAUGGAAAUCCCUGCAGGAGUGGGCAUUCCUGUUGGAGUGGAAAUACCUGUUGGAAUGGAAAUUCCUGCUGGAACAGAAAUUCCAGGUGGAAUGGGAACUCCUGCUAGAAUGGAACUUCCUGCUGGAAUGGGCACUCCUUCUGCAGUGGAUCUUCCUGUUGGAAUGGAGAUUCCUGCUACAAAGGAAACGUCUGCAGGAAUGGAAAUUCCUGCUGGAAUGAAAAUGCCUUCUAGAAUAGAAAUUCCUGCUGGAUUGGCAAUUCCUGCUGGAUUGGCAAUUCCUGCUGGAAUAGGCACUCUUGCAGGGAUGGGCAUUGGUGCUGGAAUGGACACUGGUGCUGGAAUGGGCACUGGUGUUGGAAUGGGCACUGGUGCUGGAAUGGGGAUUGAUACUGGAACGGGCACUGGUGCUGGAGUGGGCACUGAUGUUGGAAUGGGCACUGGUGCUGGAUUGGGCACUGGUGUUGGAAUGGGGACUGAUGCUGGAAUGGGCACUGGUGCUGGAGUGGGCACUGGUGUUGGAAUGGGCACUGGUGCUGGAAUGGGAACUGAUGCUGGAAUGGGCACCGGUGUUGGAUUGGGCACUGGUGUUGGAACGGGCACUGGCGCUGGAAUGGGCACUGGUGUUGGAACGGGCACUGGCGCUGGAAUGGGCACUGGUACUGGAAUGGGUACUGGUACUGCAAUGGACAUUGGUGCUGGAAUGGGCACUGAUACUGGAAUGGGCACUGAUACUGGAAUGGGCACUGGUGCUGGAAUAGGCACGGGUGCUGGAUUGGGCUCUGGUGCUGAAAUAGGCACUGGUGCUGGAAUGGGCACUGGUACUGGAACGGCACCUCUAUCUGGAAUGGGCACUGGUACUGGAAUGGCACCUCUAUCUGGAAUGGGCACUGGUACUGGAAUGGGUACUGGUGUUGGAAUGGGCACUGGUGUUGGAAUGGGCACUGGUAUCGGAAUGGGCACUGGUGCCAGAAUGGGCUCUGGUACCGGAUUGGGCUCUGGUGCUGAAAUGGGGUCUGGUGCUGGAGUGGGCACUGGUACAGGAAUGGGCACAGGUGCUGGAAUGGGUACUGGUGUUGGAAUGGGCAUUGGCGCUGGAAUGGGCACUGGUGCUGGAAUGGGUACUGGUGUUGGAAUGGGCAUUGGUACUGGAAUGGGUACUGGUACUGCAAUGGACAUUGGUGCUGGAAUGGGCACUGAUACUGGAAUGGGCACUGAUACUGGAAUGGGCACUGGUGCUGGAAUAGGCACGGGUGCUGGAUUGGGCUCUGGUGCUGAAAUAGGCACUGGUGCUGGAAUGGGCACUGGUACUGGAAUGGCACCUCUAUCUGGAAUGGGCACUGGUACUGGAAUGGCACCUCUAUCUGGAAUGGGCACUGGUACUGGAAUGGGUACUGGUGUUGGAAUGGGCACUGGUGCUGGAAUGGACGCUGGUACUGGAAUGGGUACUGGUGUUGGAAUGGGCACUGGUGUUGGAAUGGGCACUGGUAUCGGAAUGGGCACUGGUGCCAGAAUGGGCUCUGGUACCGGAUUGGGCUCUGGUGCUGAAAUGGGGUCUGGUGCUGGAGUGGGCACUGGUACAGGAAUGGGCACAGGUGCUGGAAUGGGUACUGGUGUUGGAAUGGGCAUUGGCGCUGGAAUGGGCACUGGUGCUGGAAUGGGUACUGGUGUUGGAAUGGGCAUUGGUACUGGAAUGGGCACUGGUGCUGGAAUGGGCACUGGUACUGGAAUGGGCACUGGUGCUGGAAUGGGUACUGGUGUUGGAAUGGGUACUGGUGUAGGAAUGGGAACUGGUUUUGGAAUGGGUAUUGGUGGUGGAAUGGGCUCAGGUCUUGGAGCAGGCACUGGUCUUGAAGCAGGCACUGGUCUUGGAGCAGGCACUGGUCCUGAAGUAGACACUGGUCUUGGAGCAGGCUCUGGUCUUGGAGCAGGCACUGGUCUUGGAGGAGGCACUGGUCUUGGAUUAGACUUUGGUCAUAAUUUAAAUCCAGAAUUCCCAUUAAUUAAUGUUCCUCGUUUCCCAGAAAUUCAUCCACCUAAAUUUCCGGAAAUAAAGGCACCUAAAUUUCCCAACUUCUUUUCCUACGAUCAUUUUAAGGCAAAACCCCCUAAAUUUCCAGAAAUAAAAUUUCCCGAAUUUUCGGGUCAUCCUCUCGCCAGGCCUACCUGGCCAGAGCCUAAAUUUCACAAGGAGAGAAAACAGGAUUUCAGACACGAUCGUUUCCAUAAUAAACAUUUGAAGAAAAGGUCUCAUAUCACUGAUGAUGAGCUAAUCAAUGGUGCGGUUUCAGAGUAUGUAUUCUCCGAGGACCGAGACAAGAUAUUUCCUGUGAAGAAGCGAUCUGUGCCUUCCCAAGACCCAGCUGAGUGUGCACCCUUGUUUCCUGAAGUACAGCCGCCAGAAUUUGUCGAUAUAGUGCCACCAGCAUUUCCUGAGGUACAGCCCCCUGCAUUUGCUGAAAUACAGUCGCCGGAAUUUCCGGAGAUACAGCCACCAGCUUUUCCCGAAGUGCAGUCACCAGAAUUUCCAGAAGUUCAGCAACCAGAAUUUGUUGACCUUCAGCCGCCAGCAUUUCCUGAAGUACAGCCUCCAGGAUUUCCAGAAGUUAAUCCACCUGUAUUUCCAGAAAUAGAACAAAAAGAUUUCCCAGAAGUCAAUCCACCUUCAUUUCCCGAAGUUCAGUCUCCGCAAUUUCCUGAUCUACAACCACCUAAUUUUCCUGAAGUAAAUCCACCAGGUUUUCCAGCAGUAAAUACUCCUGAAUUCCCUGAAAUAACUCCACCUAAAUUUCCGGACAUCAAACCAUGCGUGUUGCCUGAAAAGGGAACUAAUGAAGUCUCAUUGCCGAAGCCAUCCGCAGAACUCAAAAUUCCCACCUCGAUGGAAGAAGAGACUUGCGAGGAAUAAUUAGAUCACAUAAGCGCAAUCCAUACAAGCAAAUCCUUGACAACACGACAUGAAAGUGGUCAAUUCUAGUUUACCAUUAGAACUAAUGCUGUGUGUAAGAGGUGCAGUGUUUCUAGACGCCAGCAGCGGAACAAAUAAUGUUUACAACAGUUGGCUAAGGUUGCCAUUGCGAUAUAUUUUGCAGCUUGCAAGUAAAUAGGAUUUCGAAAUGAAGAUUGUAAGAAUCGUAUCAGCAAAUAACGCACGCUGAAUAACGUUAUCCCGGCUACAAUAUAUUAAACCAUGGUAUCAGCAAAUAACGCACGCUGAAUAACGUUAUCCCAGCUACAAUAUAUUAAACCAUGGUAUCAGCAAAUAACGCACGCUGAAUAACGUUAUCCCAGCUACAAUAUAUUAAACCAUGGUAUCAGCAAAUAACGCACGCUGAAUAACGUUAUCCCGGCUACAAUAUAUUAAACCAUGGUAUCAGCAAAUAACGCUCUUUGAAAAUUUGUUGUUGUCACAAACUAAGAAUUAAUGACAAUAAAAAUAAUUUUGAUCAUUAGAUUCACGAAAACCAAGUUCAUCUUAAUUUAUUUUAUAAAUAAUUGUAAAAUAUGGGGAAGACUCGACCCCUGCAACCUCAACUAGGUGAGUACAGUCAAGGGACAAGUCAACAAAAUCAGUGUUUAAAGUCGCGUGUAGAUAAAUGGUUCAGAGAGCCGACUAGUUGAUUAAUUAGAGACAUGUGCAACACUUGGGUGUCUUUAAUGAGAAAACUUCUCGACACACAGUGGCUUCAUCAGUCCAUAUAAAGAGAAUGGUGAAGAACAGGAAGAGUUUGAGGUAAUCAGUCCCUCAGCCUUGAGUCUAUGUAAUCAGUCCAUCAAUCUUGAAAUGAAUACAGCAUAUGUGCGAAGAAGUGGCUUAUAUACUGUAGACAGGUGAGGUGCAGCAGUCGUAGGUGGUGUCACACUUUAGGUCAUACCUAACCUUAAAGAAUUACCUACUUCCACAUUUGGAUUUUUCAAGUGACACCACCUACAACUGCUUCACCUCACCUGUCUACAAUAUAUAAGCCACUUCAUCGCACAUAUGCUGUAUUCUUUUCAAAAUUGAUGGACUGAUUACAUCGACUCAAGGCUGAGGGACUGAUUACCUCAAACUCCUCCUGUUGUUCACCAUUCUUCUUUGUAUGGACUGAUGAAGCCACUGUGUGGCGAAACGUCUCAUUAAAGAUACCCAAGUGUUGCACAUGUGACUAAUUUAUUAAAGUCGCGUCAUGAAAAUUACUGAAGCCCAUAACCCGGAAAACUUCAAAGAUGUGAAAAAUAAUAAUAAUGACGAAUUUAUCUGAAGUUAAAAAACCCAUUACCUAUAAAAACGUCAGAAUAAGCUCAAUUUACAUAAUAACCAGAGAUGCAUAAACAAAAUACGUGGAACCUCAUUAAACACAAAACACAUCUUUACCCAAAUCUCAACAAAAUGUGGAGAUCAUUACACAAACAUUACACGUUUCGGUCCGACCUGGAUUCUUAACUAGUUAAUGGUCAAAGGCGGACAAAAACGUCGUCAUAAGUUUCUUUCUCUUAUGUGCGGCAUAUCUGUAUAUUGAUCCAGUCACUGUACCGUGUAUUUUUAUUCUUCAUGGAGAUCAUUGACUUAGACCUGACUUCAGCCAUACCUUAUUACAACCCCGACAACACCUAUUAACUCUUGCCUUUACAUAUGCUCGCCUAUAUUAGUGACAUGCAAUUCUAAAUUAAUUUUAUAAUUAUGUUGGUAAAAAUACCUACAAUAUGUUAAGUAAAAGUACACAAGUGCAACUAAUGCCACAUUUUAUUGCGUCAACGUUUCGCUCCUGGAGAGCGAAACUUUGCCCCAAUAAAAUGUCGCAUUAAUUGCACUUGUGUCAUUUUACCUAACAUAAAUUAAUUUUCACUUGGCUGCUGAUUUUUGUCCUAAAUAUUACCAAGAAGAAAAUUUUCUGAUCCGUACUAUCAACUCCAAAUUUCAGGACUCCAUUUUUUUUAUUAAAUUAUAGUCAAGGAACCUUUCUUAUUAUCAGUCAAAAAAAUAAUAACCAGACUGACAGAAUAUUUAUUUUAUCAUUUUUAUCGAGAACGAGCGAUGCUGCAUCACACUGCUGUGGGAAGUGUCGGUGCUGCAUCACACUGCUGUGGGAAGUGUCGGUGCU